UCGGUCUGGGGAGACGCCGGGGACCGAGUAGCGGCCAGUCGGACACCUGAGCAGCCGCUGCUGGACACAAGCCCGCAGGACAGAUAGUCAGUAUGCGUUUCCAAGGUGUUGGACUAUGCUUGGGUCUUCUGUUCAUCACGGUCAGUGCAGACUUUAUGGAUGAUGGCGUUGAGGUGGAAGACUUUAGUGAAAAUUCAGAAGAGAGUACUAUUAAAGAAGAUGAACCUUCCUCAGGGACAAUUAAAUAUAAGACACCUCGACCUAUAGGAGAAGUAUAUUUUACAGAAACAUUUGACAGUGGAAAUCUGGCCGGGUGGGUCUUAUCAAAAGCAAAGAAGGAUGAUAUGGAUUCAGAAAUUUCUAUAUAUGAUGGAAGAUGGGAAAUAGAAGAGCUGAAGGAAAACCAGGUUCCUGGUGACAGAGGACUGGUUCUGAAGUCUAAAGCCAAGCACCACGCAAUAUCUGCUGUCCUCGCAAAGCCCUUUAUUUUUGCCGAUAAAUCUUUGAUAGUUCAAUAUGAAGUAAAUUUUCAAGAUGGUAUUGAUUGUGGAGGUGCAUACAUUAAACUGCUAGCAGACACUGAUGAUUUGAUUCUGGAAAACUUUUAUGAUAAAACAUCCUAUACCAUCAUGUUUGGACCAGAUAAAUGUGGAGAAGAUUAUAAACUUCAUUUUAUCUUCAGAUACAAACAUCCCAAAACUGGAGUCUUUGAAGAAAAGCAUGCCAAACCUCCAGAUGUGGAUCUGAAAGAGUUCUUUACAGACAGGAAGACACACCUCUAUACCCUUGUGAUGAAUCCGGAUGAUACAUUUGAAAUAUUAAUCGAUCAGAAAGUUGUGAACCAAGGGAGCUUGCUAGAGGAUGUGGUCCCGCCUAUCAACCCACCCAGGGAAAUUGAUGACCCCAGUGAUAAAAAGCCAGAUGAGUGGGAUGACAGAGCCAAAAUCCCGGAUCCCACUGCAGUCAAGCCGGACGACUGGGAUGAAAAUGAACCUGCCCAAAUAGAAGACUCAAGUGCUGUUAAACCUGAUGGCUGGCUUGAUGAUGAACCAAAAUUUAUCCCCAAUCCUAAUGCUCAGAAACCUGACGACUGGAAUGAAGACAUGGAUGGAGAAUGGGAGGCACCACUUAUGCCUAAUCCAGCCUGUCAAGUUGGGUGUGGCGAGUGGAAAGCUCCCAUGAUAGAUAACCCAAAAUACAAAGGCAUCUGGAGACCACCAAUGAUCAAUAAUCCUAACUACCAGGGAAUCUGGAGUCCUCAGAAGAUUCCUAAUCCAGAUUACUUUGAAGAUGACCACCCAUUCCUUCUGACCUCUUUCAAAGCUCUGGGCUUAGAGCUUUGGUCCAUGACUCCCAACAUCUACUUUGAUAAUUUUAUCAUUUGUACAGAAAAGGAGGUGGCAGAUCACUGGGCUGCAGAUGGCUGGGAACUGAAGAUAAUGGUGGCAAAUGCUAAUGAGCCUGGUGUACUCAGACAGCUCACGAUAGCAGCAGAGGAGCGCCCGUGGCUCUGGCUCAUGUACCUUGUGAUGGCUGGGCUGCCCAUAGCAUUAGUUACUUCAUUUUGUUGGCCAAGAAAAGCAAAGAAAAAAUAUGAAGACAUGGAGCCUAAGAAACCUGACGUUUGUAAACCACAAACUAAAGCAGCUCUAGAACAAGGAGUGGAGGAGGAGAAGGCCCCCGAGAAGCUGGAUUUGGAAGAGGAAAAGAAGCCAAGUGCCGGUGACAUUGGUGAUGUGGGUGACGUCGUCGUCCUAGAAAAGGAGGAGGAAGUUGGUGAACCGGAAGAGAAGAGUGAAGAAGAAGCUGAAACCAUGGAAGGGCAAGAGGAGAUGAACAAGUUGAAUAAAUCUGGAUCAGAGGAUGAGAUGAAAGAAGCUGACGAGAGCACAGGGUCUGGAGACGCACCAGUGAAGUCAUUGCGAAAGCGGAGGGUACGAAAGGACUGAAGUGUGUCACGGAUGCAAGUCCCCAGGAGAGAGAGAUCUAGCACGCUACAGUUAGCGUGCCUAAAGGGACAGUGAAUCCAGCUGCACCAACUCUUUCUAAAUAUCUAGCAAUGUUACUCUUUCAGAUACUUCUUUCUUUCUUUCUUUUUGGGGGGAAAAGGAACUUUGAAGUUAACUGGUCUUUGAUUUUAGAAUAAAAGAAAAGUGGCACAUUACAUGAGAUCCAAGAGAUUAAUGUCCUUACAAGUUACAGUUUUAACAGUUGGAAGAGAGUUUUGGUUUUAUACAGCA